AUGUAGUCAAUUGAAGAUCAAAUAAAAUCUUGUAUGUCUAUGGGGAAUCUAACGCAGGACAUUACACUAGAAUUACGUACAGAAGAGUAAUCAGAAUCAGCAGAAUAAUAAAUCUAAAUGCAAUAAGAAUGGAAUUAGGAUCAAGGGGAAUUUAAACAAAAUCAAUAAUAACUUUAAUAGCAAGAUAUCAAUCAGAUCUAGGAGCAAGUCUGGAAUUGCCCCAUUUUUAAUUCGGCAGCCAUAACUAAAGAACUAUAUCAAAACCUAAGUGAAACCUAUGAUCUUUUAAAUAAACUUCACUUGAAGGCUAUUGAUUUGACCAAAAAAUUUAAUGCCGUAGCCAAUUUCCUUCCCAGAUUUUUCUAAGCUAUAAAGAUCACAUUUAUUGGAAUCUUAUAAUUAGAACAAAUUGGACUUAUCACAAAUGAUAAGGACAUCAUGAGUAAAUCAAUCAAUGAAGAAUAUAACAUAAAUGUGAAUAAAAAGAAAUUCAAUGAAAAGUCUGUGUGCAUAUUGUUGGAAUUCGCAAUCACUCAUAUUCUAUCAUAAAUUUUAGUAUUGUUUGAAACCAUCGAAGUGAGAAGAGAGAAAUAAGAGUUAAGACAAUUAGUAAUUUACUUAUCUAAAUUGCAAACCUGUCUUGAACAAUUGCCAGGAGCUGCAAAUUUGGAUAUCAAUGAUAUAUUUUGCUUCGAUAGAGGACACUAUAGAUGGUAAAGUUUAAAUAGUAUUACUCAGGAAGUCCUAUUGGGUUCAAGAGAAUAAAUAUCAAAAUCUUAUGGGAAAGUGGCUGAAGGUAUAUUGUUGGCCAAUGCCAUGAUUUCAAAGGGAUCUGAGUUUAGUAAUGAGGCUGCUAAGAAUGUGAUGUAAGGAUUUGGAGCAUUGUAUUAUUUGGUAGCCAAAAAGGAUGCCAAAUUGAAGGCUGAUCAUUUUAUGGCUGAACCAAAUAAGAAUCUGGCAUUUAAAGCUUGGAAUUUGGGAGAAAGCGGUUUUCUUAGUAAAUUAUUACCACUUCUCUUUCCCAUGAUUACUUAUAACAAAAAGAUUUAUAUCCCAUAACUCUUUAAAAGGUUAGUAGAAGACAACAUACUUCGAUAAUACAAGGAAAACAACAUUAAUCACAUUUAAAAUGAUUGUGGAGAAUGUGUAAAUACAAACUUACCAAAGAGUCCAGAGUUAUUUACUAAAAAUAAGGAAAGAAUACCUGUUAGAAUCUUAUGUCAUUAUAAUCUACAAGAGAUCCAAACUGACAGUUUUGUAUAGCACUCUCUAAAGCUGAUACAAGGGUAAAAAGUAUUUGACAGGAUAAUUAUUCAUAUCCAUGGAGGAGGAUUUGUGAGUAUGUCAUCCAGAUCACAUUAAACAUACACUAGAAAAUGGGCUAAAAAUUUAUAAGUGCCAAUAUUUUCGAUCGACUACAGAAAGGCUCCAGAGAGUCCUUAUCCCUUUGGUUUAGAUGAUUGCUGGUAGGCCUAUAUGUUCAUAAUGAACUACAUUGAUAAGUAUUUCAAUGUUAAGCCAAAGAAGGUUGUCUUAGUUGGUGAUAGUGCUGGUGGUAAUUUAGUGGCUGCUUUGACGGUUUAAAUCAUUAAAUCUGGGGCAAGAAUCCCCGAUGGCAUUUUAAUGGCAUAUCCUGCAUUAUGUUUGGAUAUCAAGCAAUUUACUCCCAGUUUACUGAUUUCAUUAAAUGACCCAUUAUUGCACCAUACUGUAUUGAAACUGUGUAUAUCAUCUUAUGUUCCAUAACAAUUUGAUGCAGCAUCAGAUCCCUUGAUGUCACCAUCAAUUGCAAGUGAUGAAAUUCUUUCAAGAUUUCCUAAAACUAGAAUUGUCUUAGGUACUAAUGACCCAUUGCAUGAUGAGAGUUUUAGAUUAGCCAAUAAAUUACUGAAAUUAGGAAAAGACAUUAAAAUUACUGAGUAUAAAUGGAUGCCUCAUGGAUUCUUAUAAUUUGAUGUUGUUUAAGGAAUGAAGGAAUCUGAACAAACAGUUCUUGACGCUCAAAAUAUUCUUCAAGAUCUACUCACCUGUUGA